AGUAAAUCUUGUAUACACUCGCGCAGUUCACCUUUGCACACAAUCUUAAACCCUCCUCAACCCUCACAGACAGAGUCACAGUACCCAUUUCGGCGUAACAUGAAUCGCGUUAAGGCAAUUGCGUCUUCUCUCAGAACGCUUGAGUCGUCACUCGCUACCCGAGUUCUGGUAACUCGGAACCAGGUGACUCACUUCUCUCUCCACAAUCCACUACCCCUUUUCGAUAGGUCUCACCAUUUACGUUUUCCCAUCACUCACCACAAACUCUAUUUUUCUACGAAACCGAAACCGAACUCCAUUGUGGAGCUUCUUUUGACCAACGAUUGGUCCCAAGCGUUAGAGCUCAAGUUAGAAAAUCGUUUCCCAUCUAUGCCCCACGAAACCGUUCUUUACGUUAUUAAGCGGUUGGAUAAAAACCCAGAAAAAGCUUCGUGCUUUUUCAAUUGGGUCUGUAAGAAAGUUUGGUUUAGGCCAAGUUGUUCGGUGUAUAGCUUAAUUGUUAGGAUCUUAGCGGCCAAGGAUACUAUGAAGCAGUUUUGGGUUACUCUGAGGAUGAUGAAGGAAAAUGGGUUUUUUCUCGACGAAGAAACAUAUUUGACCAUAUCUGUUGGCUUUAAGAGGGAAAAAAUGGACAGUGACUCUGUUGCUUUGACCCACUUCUAUAAUCGGAUGCUAGAGGAAAAUGCAAUGCAAAGUGUUGUCUCCAACGUGGUUGGUAUCAUUUCAAGGUCUGAAUGGGGUGAUGAGGUUGUGGGUGAACUUGCAAAGCUUGAAAUUCAGCUGUCGGAUAAUUUUGUAAUAAGGGUUUUGAAAGAGCUUCGAAAAACUCCGUUGAAGGCUUACAAGUUCUUUCAUUGGGUUGGGAAGCAAUCUGGUUAUGAGCACGAUACAGUGACAUACAAUGCAGUUGCAAGAGUUCUCCCGAGGGCUGAGUCAAUUGAGGAGUUUUGGAGUGUUAUCGAGGAGAUGAAGAGAGUGGGUCAUGAAUUGGAUAUUGAUACUUACAUAAAGAUAACGAGGCAGCUUCAAAGGAAUAGGAUGAUGGAGGAUGCUGUCAAGCUUUAUGAGCUUAUGAUGGAUGGUUCAUGUAAGCCGUUGGUUCAGGAUUGCAAUAUGCUUCUAAAGAGUAUCUCUGCAAAUGAUAAGCCAAAUUUGGAUUUGGUUUUUAGGGUUGCUAAGAAAUACGAGUCGACAGGGCACACUCUCUCCAAAGCUAUCUAUGAUGGAAUCCACAGGUCCUUGACAAGUGCUGGGAAUUUUGAUGAAGCCGAAAAUAUUGUUAGGACUAUGAGAAAUGCCGGCUAUGAGCCUGAUAACAUCACCUACAGUCAAAUGGUUUUUGGACUUUGUAAGAUGAGGAGGUUUGAAGAAGCAUGUAAAGUACUGGAGGAUAUGGAAUCUAGUAGAUGCAUCCCUGAUAUAAAGACUUGGACUAUCUUGAUCCAAGGGCAUUGUAGUGCCAAUGAAGUAGAUAAAGCAUUACUUUGUUUUGCUAAGAUGAUUGAAAAGGGCUGCGAUCCAGACGCUGAUUUGUUGGAUGUUCUGGCUGACGGUUUUCUUAGUCAAAAGAGAAUAGAAGGUGCUUACGAGUUGGUUGCAGAGAUAAGUAGGAAGUGUCGUAUAUCUCCAUGGCAAGCUACAUACAAGAAACUGAUUGAAAAGCUAUUAGGAGUCAUGAAGUUUGAGGAAGCACUUGAACUUCUUCGUUUGAUGAAGAGCCACAACUACCCUCCAUACCAUCUACCCUUUGUGCCUUAUAUUUCAAAGUUUGGGUCUGUGGAGGAUGCCGAGGCAUUCCUGAAGGCAUUGAGUGUAAAAAGUUACCCAUCACAUAUCGUUUACGUUCAGGUUUUUGAAUCCUUAUUCCGAGAAGGUAGACUCUCUGAGGCUAAAGAUCUAUUGUACAAGACUCCUCACCAUAUACGUACACAUAGUAAAAUCUGUAAACUUUUUGGUUCAUCUGAGACAAAGAGUGACACUCAGGCUCAGCUGCUGCCUGAUCCCUAGAAAGUUUUCUCUCCCCAGUAUGCAUGUCGUCUUUCUUCAAAAUUCAAAUGAUUGAUACUAUCAAGUUUGAUCAAGCUUUUGGGUGGAUUUGGUCAUUAGCUGUUGGAAAACCAUGGGGCACAAGAUAGGAUGUCAGGCUAAGCUUCAUUUUUAAUUUAUAAGAAAUUUUCAUAUGUGACCAGUAGUGUUAUAGUUAAUGGCUAUUUUUCAAAAGAUUUAUGCAUUGCAGCUUUUUUGUUUUUCUAAAGGAGAUGGAUGUAAAUGCUUGACAAUUGAUUUUGAGGCUUCUAAUGUUAGUUUGUUGUUUAUUACGUUGGCUUUAGUAAUACUAGUUUGUAAUUUCACUAUUGAAUUUCAACUGUGUUUUGACAAAUGCCUGAGUCUUUCACUUUGGAACAAGAAUGUUAUUAAUGAAUCAUUUUAAUUGAACCAUGGA